GUUGUUUUUGUUUCCUCUUAUUUUCUACGGACGGAACGAAAAAUCACACCUGCGUGUUCCAGCCGGAGUUCUGAAUCAGCCAAUCGGAAAACAGCGUUGGCGAAAAUGUAUCAUGUACUAAAACAAAUAGGUUGUGAGUUCUGUUAUCACUCUCUUAUGUGUGUACCGAAGACAGUAACGUGCGUUUUGCUUUAUGUGUUUGUUGUCUUGUGGACUUAAUAAAGUUUCAAAGUGUGAAACUCGAACGAAAUAACUAGACUAGUAUUAAAAGUAGCACAGCACAGCUGUCAACUCGUUGUUUUGCAACCAAAGCACCUUUAUCUCUCCAGCUUAUCAUAUUGAUGUAACCUAGUGUGAACUUGGUUGUGCUGAACCUGUGGCGCUGCAGUGUAAGUCAGGGGUAAUUUAAGACCUGGAGCUGCUGUGUGUAAAUGACAGUGCACGAACUCUUCCAGUAAUGUUUGAGGGAUAGUGUUUUGAUUAAAGGAGAAUACUCAGAUGGACUUCACGGAGUGCUAUGGAGACACCUGCUCAGCCGUCGCGCUGGCAGCCCGGGAGGGGAAGGGUCGACGGGUGCAGAAGCUCAUCCAGAGAGGCUUCGCGGUGGACGUGAAAGAUAACAGAGGCUGGAACGCCCUGCAUGAGGCUGCGGCGGCGGGAUCAGCGGAGUGCGUCCGGCUGCUUCUCCCUGCGGCUGUCAAUUGCGAAGACUACGUCAACACUUUGACACAUAACUCAGAGACUCCUCUUUACUUCGCUGCAAGAAAUGGACACCUCCGGGCGGUGAAGUGGCUUAUCAAGGGUGGUGCGGACAUUAACAGGACAACCAAUGAGCUCUCCUGUCCCCUCUUUGCAGCUGUAGAUGGUGGGCACAAAGAUGUGGUGGAGCUGCUGGUGGAAAAUGGGGCAGAAGUCAACGGGACGUACUCCGUGUCAGGCUGGUCUUGUCUCCAUCAAGCUGUUUACAAGGGCCAUACUGAGAUUGUGAGGUACCUGGUGAGCAUAUGCACUCUGGAGGCAGUCGAUGACUAUGGGAUCACACCGUUAUUUGUUUCCGCACAAUAUGGACAUCACCAAUGCUUAGAGAUUCUUGCAAAUGCUGGGGCGAGUGUGAACUGCCAGGCGAACGAUCUGGCCACGCCGCUGCUCAUUGCCGCUCAAGAGGGCCACGUACGAUGCGUGGAGCUUUUGCUGGCCCAUGGAGCUGACCCCAACCUGUACUGCAAUGAGGACUGCUGGCAGCUACCCAUUCACGCUGCGGCCCAGUUCAGUCGGCUUAGUAUUUUAGAGAAGCUGAUUCCGGUAACGAAUCGAGAAUGUGACCGGGGCGAAGGAAAGGUCAGUCCGGUUUACUUGGCAGUACUUAGCGGACAAGCGGACAGCCUGCGGGCCUUGCUAAAGAAGGGCUACAGUCCAGACGCCCAAAGCUGUCGACAGUUUGGCUACAGCUGCCCUUUGGACAUGGCUCUGUGGUGCAACUCUUGGAAUUUGAACAGCGAGUGUCAUCAGAUUCGUGAAAUCACUCUGAUGCUCUUGGCAGCAGGGGCUCAUGUGAGCAUGGGCAUCUAUGCCUUUGCAUUACAGGGCCACGUACCAGAGCACCUUCCCUUGAUCCUAGAGCACGCCGGCCUUCCUCAGGGUGACCGACUUGAAGAACUUGCCCGUAGAGCUCUUGGUGAGAUGCAGAGCGCCUCUUUCUGGCUCCCCCUGCUGCUCAAAGCAGGAAUGGACCCCAAGCUGCUCCUACAGGACAAAAUGCUUGAAGAAGCUGAGAACAGAGUGCUUAAUUUCUUUCUGGAGUUCAUUAAUUGGAAGACUCUGCCCUCCUCAAUGCUUCAGAUUCUCUCUCACCGUCGAGCAGAUGGCACCUGGACGCCACGGAAGCAUUUCGAAUCAGUCCCUGCCCUCACCCAUCUGUGCCGACUGGCAGUGCGGGCAUCGGUGGGCAGCGAUGCUCUAUCUAAGACCUCGUUCAUCAAACAGCUGCCCGUCCCCACGCUUCUUCAAGACUACCUUCAGUUCAAUGACGUCUCAGGUUUGCUUACAUAGCGGCCUGACUGUCAAGUGUGGCUAAUUAAGUUAUCUCGACUUGUUCCACUGCAGUAUUUUGUAUAUAAUGUUAAUAAAAUUUUAAU